AUGUUAUUGGUUCACUCUGCAGUGCGAAAACAGGAGAUCAUCAAGAUCACUGAGCAGCUGAUUGAAGCUGUCAACAAUGGAGACUUUGAGGCCUACGCGUGAGUACACUACAACUCGCAGCCUGAACCUUACCAAAUACUACACCUCUGAGGCUGCACCUCACCCCAACACUGCAACUCCCAGCACGCACCUCACUUCACCCUAACACUGCAACUCCCAGCACGCACCUCACUUCACCCUAACACUACAACUCCCAGACUGCACCUCACCCUAAUAGUUUCCUCUAUAUUGUUGUAAGUAGUAAGGUAAUUUUCCCAGAGAUCAGUGCAUUUUAGCUAAGGCAAAAUGAUGCCCUAUUACUCCUAGCCUGCGCCUCACUAUAACAAAACAACUCCCAUUCGGCACCUCACCAUCACCCUACAACUAGAGGUUCUAAACUGAAAUUGCUUGGCUGCCAUUGUAGCCUAAGCUGUUGUUCUGAGCGGAUUUGUUUUGAGCUGAUGUGUUGUAUUGUGUUGUGUGUUUUCAACAGAAAGAUCUGUGACCCAUCCCUGACAUCAUUUGAGCCAGAGGCCCUGGGGAACCUAGUGGAGGGCAUGGACUUUCAUCGGUUCUACUUCGACAACCGUAAGACAAUUAUUACACAACCACUACACAACCACUACACAACCAUAAUAAGACAACAAGUGUAGACAACCGUAAGACAACCACAACACAACCAUAAGACAACCACGGCACAACUGUAACAACAAGUGUAGACAACCGUAAGACAACCAUUACACAACCACAAACAACAACAGGCACCACAAACAAACCUUUCUCCCCCCCACCACACAACAACUACACAACUAUUAUACAACCGUAAACAAACCCAUCUCUUUCUCCCUCUCCCUCUAGUUCUGUCUAAGAACAGUAAGCCCAUCCACACCACCAUCCUCAACCCUCACGUCCACCUGAUUGGUGAAGACGCCGCCUGCAUUGCCUACAUCCGGCUCACACAAUUUGUCGACGGCACGGGCCGCCCACGCUCCAGCCAAUCAGAGGAGACGAGGGUGUGGCAUCGCCGGGAGCGCAAGUGGCAGAACGUUCACUUCCACUGCUCUGGAGCACCGGCUGCACCGCUGCAGCAGUGAACUGGUACGCAUAAACACACACGCACAAAACCACGUACACUCUCACUCACUCACUCACUGUAUACGCGUGUGUGUGUGUGCGCUUUUGUCUUCCAGGAGGAGUAAGAGCCUUCGAGAGGAAAGGGAGAAAGAGAGUUGUAG